UAGAUCGUUGGCUGAUGAUAUGCUUAGCGUUCAUAAUAUUCCUGUCAAACAAGGAUAUGGACUCACCGAAACUUCACCCGUUAUCAGUCUUGUUGAUGAAAAAAAAAUUAUCAAAGGUUCCGUUGGUUUAUUGUUACCGAAUGUUGAAGCUAAGAUAGUUGCAGAGAAUGGACAAGAAUUGGGAUAUAAUGAAUCCGGGCAACUCUGUCUUCGAGGUCCUAACGUAAUGAAGGGAUAUUUAAACAACAAAGAAGCAACCGACGCAUCAUUUGAUAAAGAUGGAUUCCUGUAUACAGGAGAUGUCGCUGUUAUGGAUGAACAAGAAAAUUUAUAUAUUACCGAUCGCAUCAAAGAGUUGAUUAAAUAUAAGGGUUUCCAAGUUGCCCCCGCUGAAUUAGAAGAAAUCCUAAUCUCACAUCCAGCAGUAUCAGAUGCCGCCGUAGUAGGUUUCAAUUGUGAAGCCGAUGCCACCGAAUACCCCUUGGCCUAUGUCACACUUAAAGUCGGCCAUGAACAGUCUCCGGAGCUGCUUCGUGAAAUACAAAAUUACGUUACCGAUCAAGUGGCACCGCAUAAGAGGUUGAGGGAUGUGAUUUGUAUUGAUCAAAUACCUAAGAGUGCUUCAGGAAAAUUGUUAAGAAGGGUGUUAAGGGAGAAAGCCAAAGCGGAAUAUGUGCUUUCUCACAGGAAGUAG